GUAUAUAUUGAUAUGGAUCAAAUGUAAAUCUAUCAAACUUAAACUAAUGCAUCGAUGAACACACGUACUGUCGGUGAGAAUAUCAUAAAGAAGGAGAGUAAAAUAUAACAAUUCCUUGCGGUCAUAAUAGACAGCAGCACCCCGUCUAAACGCCAAAAAAAUCCCGAAAGACUCCGACUCCCUUUCCCUUUGGCCAGGCAGAUCAAGGAUCACUCAAUUCUCCGUUUCUCAUGGUUUUCGGGAAAUCCUCGUCUGAUCGGACUUCAGCUUCUCUCUUUUCCCGUUUCUCUACCCCAUGAAGUUCGUUUCCCGCUUCUGAUGACGGGUUGCUUCCCGAGGAAAAUUGAGUGGGAGUCCCGAUUUGCUUAGUCUGUCGGUUUAUUUCACUUGAAAAGGCCUACUUCUGUCUAAUUUGGCCCCCUUUUGUUUAUUUUCAGCACCUUGCAAACAGGAUCCCUGUGGACUGUAGAAUUUUGUUAGAUCUCCAACACUUUUGUGGACAAUCGGAUCUCUCUGACCGUGUGUGCCAUCGUUGUCAGAGUGAGUUUUGCAGGGAUCUAAGAGUAGGGAGGAGAGGAUGAAGGAAACGAGUUUGAAGUGAGAGAGACGGAGGAGGUAUACAAAAAUGCGGAUGCUUACUUUCACGUCAAGCUCAAGCUCGAGCGAGGAGAGGGAAGACAGCGGUGGUAUUACGCCAGUCUACCUCAAUGUGUAUGAUCUUACGCCUGUGAACAAUUAUCUCUAUUGGUUUGGGCUCGGGAUAUUCCACUCAGGAAUCGAGGCACACGGUUUGGAGUAUGGGUUUGGAGCGCAUGAGUAUGCUAGCAGCGGCGUGUUCGAGGUGGAGCCUAGGAGCUGCCCUGGCUUCAUUUUUAGGCGCUCUGUUUUGUUGGGGACGACUAGCAUGUCUCGCUCAGAGCUCCGAUCAUUCAUGGAGAUAUUUUCCAGAAAAUAUCAUGGUGACACGUACCAUUUGAUUGCCAAGAACUGUAACCAUUUCACCGAAGAAGUAUGCUUGCAGUUGACAGGCAAGCCUAUUCCCGGAUGGAUUAAUCGGAUGGCUCGAGUAGGUUCAUUCUGUAAUUGUCUUCUGCCAGAAAGCAUUCAGAUCACUGCAGUUAGACAUCUUCCUGAACGCCUCGAAUUCUCUGACGAGGAAGAUGGAUCGGAAUCGGUGGGAUCAUCUGUGACGGACGAGACGGAAGGAGAGGGCUCAGACCACCAUCUGAUAUCCGCACCAGACAGUGAUAUAGCCUUUCUGCAAGAGAAAGCUGUGCGGUUAGCCCGGGAACUCGUCUGAGAAUCAUUGCCUUGGGUAUUCCGUUGGGGAAUGGGCUGUAGACGUUGAAAUCAUCUGCCGUUGUAGUGUAGUGUGUAGGGGCCAAGAAACCUGUUGUGUUUUCAUUUCAGGGAAAAAGAAAGAAGAAGAACUUCUUUCACAGAAAUUACGGAAUAUAGCAAAAUGGCAGAGUUUCUAUCAAUCGUGGGAUGGAUACUUGUAGGUUUAGUACCCUAUACAAAAUUACUGCAUAUAUAUGUAUGUAUGCAUAUUAAUAUAGUUAUUAGAAAGAAGCGUCAGAAAGGGACUGGAUUUUAUAAAUAUGAAAUCAUGAUCUUCGAAUUUAA